GCCCCUGUGGCUGGGCCUGGGCGGCUGGGGAGGGUGGAGCUCUUGGCCAGGGCAGGGAGCCGCAGCGGUUCCCAGGAAUGUGGGGCUGUGGGGCCGUUUGCUUUGGCAGCAUAUCUGCCCUCAGCUCUCAAAGCCUCCCUGUGGGCCCCCCAACAGUCGGCCCUUCCAGCACCCAUUCACUGCUGGCUGCCCCUCCUGGGCUCUGCACCUCACUCCCACAAACCCCUGUGCAAUGAGGAGGUGGGAUCCAGAGUCCCUUUGCCUGCCCCUCCCCACAUCCAUGGGCACAGGAGGGGCUAAUGGAGAACAAAGCUUCUGGGCUCACCUGGGCUUGAAACCCAGCUCUGCCACGGACAAGCUGUGUGAUCCUGGACAGAUCACUGAACCUCUCUGAGUUUUGGCUUUUGCAUCUGUGAAAUGGGGAUGAAACAGCACCUGUCUUAUAGGUGCUGCUACGCUGCCCAACUACUAGCUGGCCCCUGGUACUGUUGUGGUAUUCAUCCAUGGCUUCCAGUCUUGGGCUUGCCACCCACUUGUGCAAACCGGGCUGGCAGCCUCCCCUUCCAGCCCUGUUACCUCCCCAUCUGUAAGACUAGUGUGCUGACAACAAUGGUCCUGGAACCAGAUGCAUGGGCACCCUCCACGCAAGUGGGAGCUGACGGGCACAGGGGAGGCCGGGGCCUUGGUUCUGCUUUCCAUUUGAUGGCAAGAAAGCUGCGUGAGCUUUUGAGAGGUGCCUUCUGGGUCCCUGUCCCCAAGUCCUAGGCUGGAUGGGCAGGGGAAUAAAGGGUGUGCCGCUUGUUGCCCCGAUGUCCCUGCUACACUGGGGGUCACCCACCUGGCCCCGUGCUGCUGCGGGUGGGCAGGAAGGGCCCCCAUCUUACAGCGGGAGACCCCGGGUGCUUCGCACGAGGGUGUGCCGAGCCCACCGCCUCCACUCACGGCCGCACCUCUCCGGGCUCAGGGCCAGCCAGCGGCCCGCUCCCCAGCAGAGGAGGAGCUCUCUCCAGGGCAGAUUCGCGCCGGCUCCCAUUACCCUGCUGACCUGGAGCCUCAGUUUCCUCAUCUGUGCCGCAGGGAAACCAACAGCGUCCACUCACAAUGGCGGCUUUAGAGGGUUCAGAGAACUCGUGCACAGACGGUGCCUGGCACACGGUUCCUGCCUGAAUACCAGCUCGGGAGCCCCCCGCUGCCUGCUGCCACCCCCCGCCCCCACCACCAUGCACUCCUUGGACGAGCCGCUCGACCUGAAGCUGAGCAUCACCAAGCUCCGGGCAGCGAGAGAGAAGCGGGAGAGGACGCUGAGCGCGGUCCGGCACCGAGCUCUGCACAGGGAGCUGGGCCUGGUGGACGACAGCCCCACUCCGGGCUCCCCGGGUUCCCCGCCUUCAGGCUUCCUGCUGAACCCCAAGUUCCCCGAGAAGGUAGAAGGACGCUUUUCGGCAGCCCCCCUGGUGGACCUCAGCUUGUCACCACCGUCUGGGCUGGACUCCCCCAAUGGCAGCAGCUCACUGUCCCCGGAGCGCCAGGGCAACGGGGACCUGUCUGCAGUACCCAAUGGCCCAGACCUCCAGCCGCUGCGCUACCUGGACGGCGUCCCCAGUUCCUUCCAGUUCCUCCUGCCCCUGGGCUCCGGGGGGGCCCUGCACCUGCCUGCCUCCUCCUUCCUCCCCCCGCCCAAGGACAAGUGCCUCUCGCCAGAGCUGCCCCUGCCCAAGCAGCUGGUGUGUCGCUGGGCCAAGUGUAACCAGCCCUUUGAGCUCCUGCAAGACCUCGUGGACCACGUCAACGACUACCACGUCAAGCCCGAGAAGGACGCAGGCUACUGCUGCCACUGGGAGGGCUGCGCCCGCCACGGCCGUGGCUUCAAUGCCAGCAGGUACAAGAUGCUCAUUCACAUCCGCACGCACACCAACGAGAAGCCGCACCGCUGCCCCACCUGCAGCAAGAGCUUCUCCCGCCUGGAGAACCUGAAGAUCCACAACCGGUCGCACACAGGCGAGAAGCCCUAUGUGUGCCCCUACGAGGGCUGCAACAAGCGCUACUCCAACUCGAGCGACCGCUUCAAGCACACGCGCACCCACUACGUGGACAAGCCCUACUACUGCAAGAUGCCCGGCUGCCACAAGCGCUACACGGACCCCAGCUCGCUGCGCAAGCACAUCAAGGCCCACGGCCACUUCGUGUCACAUGAGCAGCAAGAGCUCCUGCAACUUCGCCCGCCCCCCAAACCACCGCUGCCGGCCCCUGACGGCAGCCCCUACGUCAGUGGGGCCCAGAUCAUCAUCCCCAACCCCGCUGCCCUCUUCGGAGGCCCCGGCCUGCCCGGCCUGCCGCUGCCCCUGGCCCCAGGCCCCCUCGACCUCAGCGCCCUGGCCUGUGGCAACGGCGGGGGUGGUGGGGGCGCGGGGGGCAUGGGCCCCGGGCUGCCCGGCCCCGUCCUGCCCCUCAAUUUGGCCAAGAGCCCGCUGCUGCCCUCGCCUUUCGGGGCUGGCGGGCUGGGUCUGCCCGUGGUCUCCCUCCUCGCUGGCUCCGCUGGCGGCAAGGCCGAGGGGGAGAAAGGGCGCGGGGCGAUGCCGGCCAGGGCCCUGGGCGUGGAGGGCCGCAAGACCCCCCUGGAAAGGACUGAGAGCAGCCGCUCCCGGCCAAGUCCCGACGGACUCCCCCUGCUGCCGGGCACGGUGCUGGACCUGUCCACGGGUGUCAACUCAGCGGCCAGCAGCCCAGAGGCGCUCGCUCCCGGCUGGGUGGUCAUCCCACCGGGCUCCGUGCUGCUCAAACCAGCUGUGGUGAACUGAACCUGCCUGGUGGCCAGCGGCUCGCAGCCCUGCCCCCGACGAACGGAAACUCUUCUGCGAAAUAGCAAUAAUGUCCUCCUGCCCCGGGGCCCUGCUGGCCGCGUCCUGGGCAGACCCAGCUCCAGACAAGCUGGGCAGCAGGAUGGUGCUAGAAGGCACUGCUGGCGUCCCAGGUGCUGGAGGCAGGAAUUGGGCCUGCCAGCCAGAGAGCUGUGCUCCUGGGUGCUGAGGCCUGGCCCCCCACUCUGGUGCCUCCCUCAUCCAGUGGCCCACUGGGCAGGUCACCUGUCUGCCUUGCCCACCUGCCAGCCAUGUCCCAGCGGCAGGGGUGGGGGUGGCCUCUGCCCUGCCCGCCGGCCCAGGCUCCCUGCCCGCCCCGUCCAGUGGUCAGCCCCGUCCUGCCUUGCCUCACUGGGCCCCUGCUCUGGGGGCUCCUGACCCCUUUCCCUCUGGCCCACCCUCCAGAGGGAGAGCAAGACAGACGCAGGCACCGGCAGCGCCACAGGAAGAAGCCACCUUACCCCCAUGACAAGGUGCCUCCCGCUCGGAGAGGGAGGCCCGCUCUGCCAGCUGCCCCCUGCUCACCAUCUGGAGCAGCCGGCACACUGCCUGAGGGUCAGACCCUGCUCCAAACCGAGGGGCUAGCCGACCAUACACCCACCCUUCACCACUGGGUCUCCUCCACUUCCAGGGAGCCCUGAGUCGGGAGAGGGGGUGCCAGGACCUGGGGCCCGCCCAGCUCAUGAACAGGGGGGGUGGGCAGUGCAGACCUGCAGGGUAUAGGAGGGGAGGCUGGCGGGGGGGAUACGCCUCUGGUUCUAGGGGCACCAAGUCACAGGUAGCACAGGUGAGGGAGGGCUCAAGGCCGGUGCCAGACACAGGGGAUCCCCAGGGGCCAUGGGCUCAAGGACGGGAAAGGGGACAGCGAGGCAGCCCAGCAUGGUUAUGGGGGGGGCCUUGCCUCUCUGCCUGGGAAGCAGAAGCCAGAGGACCGAGCCUGGACUGGUAACAGGGCUGUCCCCUUUGGCUUUUCCAGGCUGAGCCCAUCCUAGGUGUCCCCCUUGCUCCCCACCCCCAUGGCAGGGGUCGGAGUCAGCUUAGGGUGCUGGCGUGCCACACACCACAUAGCCGGCACCACUGCCUGGUCCCAGGGAACUGGGCUCUCCCACAGGCCCUGGUGACGCCCUGAGCCCUGGCCACUCCCUCUCCGCUGGGGGCCUGGUGCGGGUCUGCAAGGUGUUGGCCGCAGUCAGAGGCCUGGCCCCCAGGCCUGCCCUGCCCUUGGGCGCGCUGACCAUGCCCUCCCCUCCCUGGCUGCAGAACAAGGGAGCUGCAGGACGCAGUGGGGUUCUCAGCAGCCCCGUGGUUCUGGGGUCCCCCUGCUGUCCCUCUGAGCAGCUCUGCUGACCCCGCCCUUUCCUGGACCGCCCCUCUAUCCCAGAGGGGUCACCCUGACCCGGCCCGCUGACGGCCUGGCAGCGCUGGCUCUGCCCCUCCAAGGGGCUGCAAGCAAGGCAGGAGGGAGCUGGUCUCCUUCCUUCGCGCCCCACCCAGGACCCGGCACCCCCACCUGCACUAGGGCCCCAGGCCUUAAGUCCCCAUUGGGGUGAGGGGGGUUUGAGACGCAAGCCCAGGGAGCAGAGGAGCAGGGCACUGGAAGGUGACAUUAGCUCAGCAUGUGACUCGGUGACAGACCAGGUCCCCAGGGGCCGGUGUAUGUGUUGUUGUUGUUGGUUUGUUGUUGCACAUUCCAGGAUGUCAGUAUUUUAACAGGUUCUAAGUGCCUUUUUCUAUCGUAGCUUACGUUUUCCUCCUCUUGGCUCCAUUGCUGUUAGCAUAGAGUUUAAAAAAAAAAAGAGAUAAGCUAAUGACUAUAACAAUAUAUUCCUCCAUGUGAGAGGAAGUUUAUAAAGAAACAAUAAAAGUGAGUUACAAACACA